UACUAUUCGGGCUCGGCAACUUACGGGGAGCUUUCGACUCAGUCAACUUGUUCCAACUGCUGUGUAUCUACAUAUGAAGAUGCACAAACGAAUACUGGGGCACCUAUCAUCUGUUUACUGUGUUACGUUUGAUCGAACAGGGAGGAGAAUAUUUACUGGAUCUGAUGAUUGUCUGGUGAAGAUCUGGACAACCGAUGAUGGCAGGCUACUGGCAACUUUGCGAGGACAUUCUGCUGAAAUCUCAGAUAUGGCAGUAAACUAUGAAAAUACUAUGAUUGCUGCAGGCAGCUGUGAUAAAAUCAUCCGGGUUUGGUGCCUUCGGACAUGUGCACCCUUGGCUGUUCUGCAGGGCCACACUGCAUCCAUCACAUCUGUGCAGUUUUCACCAAUGUGCACUGGAUCUUUGAGGUUCCUGUCUUCCACAGGGGCAGAUGGUACAGUUUGCUUCUGGCAGUGGGAUGCUGGCAUGUACAAAUUUAGCCAUCGGCCAAUUAAAUUUACUGAGCGACCAAGGCCAGGGGUUCAAAUGAUCUGUUCUUCUUUCAGUGCUGGUGGAAUGUUUUUGGCAACGGGGAGCACAGAUCAUAUUAUAAGAGUUUACUACUUUGGGUCAGGGCAACCUGAGAAGAUUUCAGAGUUGGAAUUUCAUACUGACAAAGUCGACAGUAUUCAGUUCUCCAACAUGAGUGACAGGUUUGUUAGUGGAAGUCGAGAUGGGACCGCAAGGAUCUGGCAGUUUCGACGGCAAGAGUGGAAGAGCAUUUUACUGGAUAUGGCUGUUAAACCAGCUGGAUAUAAUCCACAAGGAUUAGAAGAUAAAGUGAACAAACUUAAAGUAACCAUGGUGGCAUGGGAUCGUCACGACAACACUGUUAUUACAGCAGUCAAUAACCUUACAUUGAAGGUUUGGAAUUCUUGCACUGGUCAGCUCAUACAUGUCCUAAUGGGACAUGAAGAUGAAGUAUUUGUACUUGAGCCGCAUCCCUUUGAUCCCAGGGUCCUCUUUUCUGCAGGGCAUGAUGGCAAUGUAAUAGUUUGGGACAUAGUGAGGGGUGUGAAAAUCCGAUCGUAUUUCAACAUGAUUGAAGGUCAGGGACACGGAGCAGUGUUUGACUGUAAAUGCUCCCCUGAUGGGCAGCAUUUUGCAUGUACUGACUCCCAUGGGCAUCUUCUUAUCUUUGGCUUUGGUUCAAGCAGUAAAUAUGACAAGAUUUCUGAUCAGAUGUUCUUCCAUACGGAUUAUCGACCUUUAAUUCGAGAUGCCAACAACUAUGUCCUGGAUGAGCAGACGCAACAGGCACCGCAUCUUAUGCCACCUCCAUUCCUCGUGGAUGUAGAUGGUAAUCCUCAUCCACCAAAAUACCAACGGCUGGUACCUGGUCGGGAGAACUGUAAUGAUGACCAACUCAUCCCCCAGAUGGGCGUGUCUGCCACAGGAUUGAACCAGGUUCUGAGUCAGCAAGCAAACCACGAAAUCAGUCCUUUAGACAACAUAAUCCAACGUCUACAGCAGGAACAAGACCAGAGACUGACUGCAGGUUCCAAUAACACCCUGAAUAGAGGGAGAAUAGGCUCUCAAAGUUCUACCUCUGAGAUGCAUUCACCUCCAAACGUCGGAUUGAGACGCAGUGGACAAAUUGAAGGUGUGCGGCAGAUGCACAGUAAUGCACCAAGAAGUGAAAUUGCCACUGAACGGGACCUUGUGGCCUGGAGUCGAAGGGUGGUAGUCCCAGAACUAUCUCAAGGUGUAGCCAGUAAACAGGAGGACUGUAGAACAGCCAAAGGAGAAGAAGAGGUAAACAUUUUUAAAUGUGAGAAGAAAAAGAAGUCAGCAAUUCAGGUUCAGCGAGAAAACAAGGUGCAUUCCUAUGAACGUUUGCAAGAAAGUGGAGAAGGGAAGAAACAGAGUCGCCAGAAUAUACACAAUUACUGCACACGAUCGGCAAUGGAUGAUGGGAGUAGAAGUUUACCACAGAAUGUUGAUUACAACAGCUCUUCAGAGGAGGCUGAAGUCUGUGCUGUCAAUGGUGUGACAUCAGAAGAGGAUGGGGAUGCCUGGCACAAUGAAAGCAGCAGCUCUAGUGAUUAUUCAAGUGACUAUUCCGACUGGACUGCCGAUGCUGGAAUUAACCUUCAGCCACCAAAAAAAUCUUCAAGGCAGCAAGCAAAGAAAGCUGUUAGCAGUUCGGAAGAUGAAGGGGAAAAAGAAAAAGGGAAAGAAAAAGAAAUAAAGAAAGAAAGGAAAAAACAUAAAGAAGACAAAGAUGGCACUGCAACUCCAAAGAUAAGGAGGAAACCAAGGGAGAAAAGAAUAAAGAGACCACCAGCUGGUGUCAUACCGAAGCAAGGGGAGACACUGGAAGAGUGGCUUCCACCAGUGUGGAUUACUGACACUAUGCCCAGGCGUUGUCCUUUUGUACCACAAAUGGGUGAUGAGGUUUACUAUUUUCGACAGGGUCAUGAAGCCUAUGUUGAAAUGGCUAAGAAGUUAAAACUUUUUCGCAUAAAUGCUAAAAAGCAGGCAUGGCACAAGAUGGAUUUACGGGAACAAGAGCUGGUGAAAAUAGUUGGGAUCAAGUAUGAAGUGGGACCCCCAUCUCUGUGCUGCCUCAAACUGGCUUUUAUCGAUACAGACACAGGCAAACUGACAGGAGGUUCAUUCUCUAUGAAGUACCAUGAUAUGCCAGAUGUUAUUGAUUUUCUAGUGCUACGACAGCAGUUUGAUGAGACAAAAUCUCGACGGUGGAAGAUUGGAGAUCGAUUUCGGUCAGUGAUUGAUGAUGCAUGGUGGUUUGGGACUAUUGAGAGCCAGGAGCCCCUACAACCAGAAUAUCCUGAUAGUCUAUUCCAGUGCUACAAUGUCUGCUGGGACAACGGAGAUACUGAAAAGAUGAGCCCUUGGGAUAUGGAAGUGAUUCCACAUGAUGCUGUUUUCCCCACUGAACCUGGAUCAAGUGUUCCCUUGACUGCUGCUGAGCAUAAGAUACAGCUGUACAAAUCUCAGGAAGGAGAAUGGGGCUGCAGAAAGAGAGAUGAAGAAUGUGAUAGAAUUUAUAAUGGGAUCUGUCAGCUCAUAACUCUUGAUAUUGCUGCUCCAUUUGUGGCACCUGUGGAUCUCCAGGCUUAUCCUUUAUAUUGUACAGUCGUGGCUUAUCCUACAGACCUCAACACAAUCAAAGAGAGGGUAGAGAAUAGGUUUUACAGACGCAUGUCAUCCUUGAUGUGGGAGGUACGAUAUAUUGAACACAAUGCACGGACUUUCAAUGAACCUGGAAGCCCUAUAGUUAGAUCGGCCAAAUUAGUCAUCGAUAUUCUCCUCCAGUUCAUUAAAGACCAGAAUUCUACUGACAUCCUUCCAUUCUACAAUAACUUGAAGAAGAAAAUGAUGUCAGAUGAGGAUGAUGAGGCAGAGAACUCUGAUGUUCCAGGAACCUCCACCAGGAAUAAGAAGGAAUACCAGCCAAGGAGGACGCAGCGUAAUCGUGUCCAGUCACAUGAUAUUAAUGCCUGGAAGGUGCGCUGUAGAGAACUGCUGCAUCUAAUCUUUCAGUGCGAAGAUUCGGAGCCUUUCCGUCGGCCGGUGGAUUUAUUCCAGUAUCCCGAUUAUAGAGAUAUCAUAGAUACACCGAUGGAUUUUGGAACAGUUCAGGAGACACUGGAAGCUGGAAAUUAUGAGACGCCAUUGGAAUUGCGUAAGGAUGUGCGCCUUAUUUUUAGCAAUUCCAAGUCUUACACUCCCAGCAAAAAAUCAAGGAUCUAUAGCAUGAGUUUACGGUUAUCAGCAUUAUUUGAAGAACACAUGAGCUCCAUUAUUUCUGAUUACAAAGCAGCAGUUCGAUUCUAUUCAAGAAAGAAGGCUUCCAGCCAAAGGCGGAAACGAAGGAGAAGUAGCUCUCCCUCAAGCAGUGCAGCAUCAAGCCCUGAAAGAAAACGAAGGUUUUUAAAACCCCAAGCCAAGAUAGAGGAGUCAAUUUCUUCACCCUUAUCUACGCCUGUCAGAUCAACAAGUAUGAAAGCAUCUGUUGUUCAGGCCAAUGGCAAGGCAAGUGAAUCUGCUACUAUUGUCCGGACCAGAAGAACAAGGCUACGACUGGGGAUUACCACUGAGGCAGAAGCAUCAUCUUCAUUGGCAGCAGUGGCAGCUGUUUCAAAGUCUUCUGUUGCAGCAUCUCUAGGAUCUUCAAAUUAUAAUGCUAAGCCAUCGAAAGCUCAGAGCAACAUCUGUUAUCCUAAACUAUCUGAAUCAAAACACAGUACCCAGACUUCUUUGACAGAUGAGGAACCUGAGAAAAGGAAGUUUACACGUAGAAAUAAAUCAACACCAUACAAACAACCAAAAGGUGACAUCAAAGCUGAAUCUUCAACACAGAAGACCCCACAAAUAAAUGGACACAGUGUGUGCAUCUCUGAAUCUGUGGUCAAGAGAGGCCCUGGUAGGAAACCGCAGGAGGUAAAAAGUCUUAAAGGACCUGGUAAGAAAAGAGGUAGGAAAAGUAAAAAAGAGCUACUUGAUAUUGAACAACAAAAUGCAAUGAAGAAAGCAGAAGUUAAAAAAGACAUAUCCAAUGAGAAUGGUGAAGAAGCUACCUCAGAAAGCAGCUUUAGUUCAGAGACCCACACAAAAAGAAAAUCUUUGCAGAAGAAACCAAGAGGCAGGAAACCCAAAGGAAAGAGUCUAAAAGCUAAAUCCAAAUUGAUAGCUGCUGCUAAACGGAAAAUGCAGACAAGAAGCAACAGUAGGAAGCAUGAGGAGCCUUUGGAGCCCAUUGAGCCCAUAGAGCCAGUGGAAGAUGAUGAAAGGACUGAAGAAGCUGUGGGCUGUAAAUCAGUCAUGAAAACAAGGAAUCAAGGUAGACGGACAACAUGCUACAAUGAGGAAGACUCAGAAGAGGAGCAAAGGCAGCUACUGUUUGAAGAUUCCUCUUUAACUUUUGGAACAUCCAGUCGGGGCAGGCUGCGGAAACUGACUGAAAAAGCAAAGGCUAACCUGAUUGGUUGGUAAACAACUAUAGCGUUUUGUCUAAUCAAUGAAGUUUCUUGUUUUUAACAAGAACGUGUAAGGGAAUAUUGCACUUGAGGUCACUGCAUUGUCACUUGCAGAUUGAUGAAAGACAUGAUUUGAGAUUUUUUCAGAAGGCACAAUAAGCAAGGGCUGCAUUGUUUAAAAAUCAUUUAAUCUCUUGAUUAAUAUUCACUUGUUUACUAUCUGUUACAUUAUAAUCCAGAAAUUGUUGAUAUUUUGCUAGCACUAAUUCAUGUAGAAUUUUGACAGUACGAAGUACAUUUUCACCUACUUCCAUCUUCUAUUUUCUGAAGAACAGCAGAUUUUGGUUUUGCUUUGGAAUUGAAGGCAAACUUGAGGGUGGGCUCAGUUGGUAUUUACCAUUUCUUAAAAAGUGACAAUUAUUGACAAUUAGUUGGCAUUAAACUGGACAAAUUUCUCAAUUUGAAAAAUGCCUUUUAAAUGUUUCAUUUCUUUUAAUUUAUGUUCAGAGAUAUUUUAGGUAUUCCAUGCUGUUUUUAAACUUGUAUCACCAAGAAUUUAUAAAAGUAAUCUAAAAUAAUAAAUUCAAAAUGUGAGUCAUGUUUCAGCACCCCUGAAAACACAUUUAAUAUUUCAGUUAAGGAUUUGCAGCUCUCAAACCUCUUCAUUGAUGGUCAUUAAGUUCAGAAAUUUAUGGUGGUCAAUAUUUUUAAAAUUCUUUAAUUGUUCCGUCAAUUCCUUUCUGUUGAGAUAGAAUCAUAUAAGUAGCAUUAUUUACUUUCUUUACAAAAUUUAACAUAUAUAUGCUGUCCUGGCUCACAUCUUUUAAGGAAAAGGUUAAAUUGGCGUUGUUUAUCAUUGAUUGGUUUGCACAUCAGCAAAUAUAUCACAUUCUUCAAUAAGCAUAUUUAAGUUGAAAUCCUAAAUGCCAACCAAGGAUGAUAAGAUUUAACUUUCACUUUUACUUUGAAUCCCAAAGCACCUGCCAUUAAAUUUUUCUGAUUGCAGGUCUUACUUUUACAGUUUUUAAUGUUUCAUACACUCAUUUACAACCAGCAAAUUUUUGCAAAUGCUUGCACUACCAAUUAUGUAUAAUUGACUAUAAUACAAUUAAGCAGGUAUGAUUUAUUUUUAUCACAAAAAAUACAUUUCGAUAGUUACUUUGUCAUGUAUUUUGGAUUGUACUUGCCGUCCCCACUUCACCUCCAGAAGCUAACAAUCAGUUCUUGCUUAUUUGUCAGCCAUAAUGUACUGCAGAGAAUCUACAGAUGACUUCAAGUGCAUUGGGCACCUGCAAUUCAAGCUUUCCAAAGAAUUGCACAAAUACCCUGUCAUUUUCCCACUAUUAUGAAGCAAUUAGAAGCUGCUUCUCCCAUUUGUUGAAUGUAGAGACAAACAAAAAAGACUGCAUUGCACUGGAACUAAGUGGUUGUCUCUUGCUUGUCUUACACAAUCAGGAAAAAAAUGUUGCCGAAGAAGAAAAGGAGUCUGAUUUUAGUUAUGUUUUUCACUUACGUACACACACACACACACACACACACACACACACCCAUACAAAAAAAAAUUGUAUAUUGUAAGUAGAAAAAUAUUUUAAGAUAUAGUACAGGGAUGGGGUUGAGAUGUGCCAUCUAUUCAAAUGGCUUUAUAGCACACUCACAUAUAAACGCUUUAUAAAGGGUUUAUGAAAACAUGCCCAGCUCCUUUAUUAACUGGGAAAACUUAUGAGAUUUUAGAAUUACCAAGCAUGUGAAUUGUGCUGAAAUUUCCAGACUACUUAAGUUUGUGAGAAUUUCCCCCACCCUUUCAAUGAUACAGGAUUUCAUGGGAACUUACUUGGCACUGGUACGCAAUUAAUAAACGUCAUGGUUUAAAAGAUCCCAUUGUAUAUGAAUAUUAGCUCAAUUAUGCUUACUAGGGAGAAACAUCCAUUCCAUGCAGUAAUCUGUUCUGGAGCUUGCACCCUAUUUUCUGAUUUUAAAGGAAAGUUGUUUUUUUUGUAAUCAGUAACUAAGUGGUCAAAUUACUUUUUAUCGGAUGCUUGCAAAUAGUACAUUACUACACUGUCGUUUUUGUGCACUUUCUGCCUAUGUCUGUUAUGCUACAUUGAGUCAGUAUCUUCCCUCAAAAGGAAUAGCAUUUGGUGAUUGUGCCUUGAAUAUAUUUUUUUUCUAUUUUCUUGUUAAUGGUUAGGGCUGGGACAAAGAUUAUUACACUCCAGAGGUUUUCUAUCUUUUGACACAACCUACUUAUAUGUAAAUAACAAACAAAACUGUGUUUUUAAAGGUGAGAGCACAGAAAUCACUUUUGAAAGUGAUGAAAUGCCAUGCACUGCAUGCAGUAAAUGUAUACAUGAUUGCUGAUCAUUUUUCUUCCAAACUGCCAAAUGUAAACAGUACAUUCUGAAGCAGAAUAUUUCUUUGAGACUCUUCAGAAUUUUGUCCCAGUUCUGAUUUCACCUUGGCAAAGUAAGGGUGAUGUCUGAUUUGACUGUAAUCGUCUCACUGAAGUGAGCUUGAUUUCUUUUGCUGUUCAUUUUUCUGAAGUAAUGUGAUAGUUUUUAUUUCUUGGUUUACCAUUUUUAUUUGAUUGGAUUUUUAAAACAAUUAGUUGUUUUUUAUACAAGCAUCACCCUCUUACCCGUUAUUUUUGUAUGAACUGUUGUUAAGAAAACAUUUUUGCAAUUCAUCAUUUACAAAUAAUGCAGAUAUGUAGAGGAGCAUCAUACUCAUCAAGAUACCAGUGUGUUAUAUCCAGUCAAGUUGGAAACUGUAGCUAUGAUAUGUACUCGUGCAUCAUUCUGGCUUUUGUUUAAGUAUUUGCCUCUGUUAAAAAAAAAUCAAUAGCCAGUGAACCAAGAAAUAAUUGUCAUUUUCUGUACAAGUUUAAUGUGACCUUGUUUUCAUUCCUACUGGUCCUUAACAGUAAUGUGCCCACAAACUAAAUUAAGGUGUCUCUUUCCCUUUUGUAAUUCUUUGUCAAACAUGAUGUAAAUAAAUAAUGGAUUCUUGUGAGUGGGUUUUGAGGCCAUAUCCUAUUUCAGGGAUUCUGAUAAGAAUUAAAUCUGAACUGUUCAUGAAUGUCAUCAGAACCCCUAGAUUAGGUUAACAUUUGAAUUCACUCACUGAUAUGUUUGUCCUAUAAUGUAUACUGUGUUUGGAAUUUAACUUGUGUUAUUGCUGUUUUGUGAAAAUUUGUGGGAUUCUAACGGUCUUAAGAGCAUUUUGGAACAUCAGUGCGUAACCAAAAUGGUACUUAUUUUGAGAAAUAUUUAUUCCCUUGAGACACCAUUAUUGUGGGUUUAUUAAAAAUAAUUUGCAGUGGGAUACAGGGAAACUCCAUACACCGUAUAUAUUAUAUAUAUUUCCUUUAUACUGUUCAUAUCUGCAGAACAGCGUUUUGCCAUUUCCCUUAGGAUCCUUAUUCUGAUCCUAUUUUUAAAAUAAAACUUAAUUCAAGAAAAUUA